AUAACAACAAUGGAUGCGUUUUACUGCGCCGUGUGCCGGCAGACGAGCUUCGCGGGGAAGGGACACCGUUACGGAAAGAGUCACCAAGCCAAGCUCAAAGUGGUCCUCGUGAAAUUCUUGGAGAAGCGCGCUCCUUGCAUUGGCUCGCAGGUGAAAGAAGCGCGCCGGACUGUGAAGAACCCGCGCGUGGAAAAAUUCCGCAGCGCCGAGCACGAGACCAGCUUCUGGUGUUACUGCUGCGCGCGCGAGGUGCCCAAGCACGUUUCCAAUGGCGACGUCGCCGUGCUCUUCGGCGGGCUGCUCGAGCACAUGGCCACGCCGGAACAUAAGAAGAACACAAAUAAAUUCUGGUGGGAGAAUAAAGCGGAGCCCAAGUUGAAGGAGAAGUUUCUAAUAACUUCAGAGGAGGCUGAAAGGUUCAAAACAGAGGUUGCUAGGGCUCUGGAGACCUUUGAGGAAAAGGAGGAUGAGCUCAUUAAGCAGCAAGCUGCCAUAAUCAGAGCCCAAGAGCAGCACCGAAAGGAAGUUCUACAGUCCCUCUUAGAGCUUCAGACAGAGCUGGAGCAAUCUGCACGGGGCCCACAUGAGUCUGCUGACAGAGGAGACGGCCCUCACUUCAGGCUUCCGGAGCCAGUGCAGGAGUCUGGGUCUAGCUGGAUGGGUACAGAUGGACAGAGUCAGUGGCCAAGCGAGGGGAGCAGCUUGACUUUCAUUGGAUACCAGGAUUCUUCCAGUUGCGGAAAUGUUCACACAGGUGCCAUUCCUCCCUGGCUGCUGGAUGACCCCCUGGAAGGGAGCUCUGGAAACACAGAGCAGGAGAUUGGUCCAUCUCACCAGGAGUUCCUCAAACACAAAGAACAGGAGAAGCUGAGGAAGCUGCCGGCCCAUCGUGUCGGGGCCAACUUUGACCACACUUCACAGACAGAUGCCAACUGGCUACCAUCCUUUGGCCGCGUGUGGAACAGUGGCCGGCGAUGGCAGUCAAGACACCAGUUCAGAGAGGAGGAAGGACAGGUGGGCAGACAGAAGAGGAAGUGGAGUAGUCAGGGGAAAGGUGGGAAGAAGCCGCGAUUGGACCUGCCGUGAGCACCAUCCAAAGGAGCCAAGUGGAAGUCGACAGGGGUCAGAGACCACCAGUCUGCCACAGGCGUCCAGCAUGAGGGGAGCUCUGAGUGCACUGCUGAGCAGAGGGACAGAGUUCAGCUACACUGUUAACAGGACAUUGCAGUACUUGAUUUACAGGUUCAUGAAAAGAUUUUGAAGAAUUAAAAUGCAGAUUUUUUUUUUUUUUGGUUGUCUAAUGUGUAUUAGUGGUAUUUUUUUUUGCUUGGUGAUACCUGUUGUACUGCCCUGCUGGUCCUUGUGUCCCUUCAGGGUGAGCAAAAUCAAAUGUCCACCUAUUAGUGGACUAGUGCCAUGUUAGUGGUAUUGAUUCAUACUUCUUGGGUCCACACAUGUGGUAGCUGGUAUUACUUAAUAUUAAAAUACAACAGCUGUAAUUGUUUUUCCCACCUCAUUUCUCCUGUGUGGU